CUCUGGACACCUUCACCAGCAGCAGCAGCAGCAGCUCGAAUCUGGAGGAGAGGUGACCGGGGCUGGGGGGUAAAUGUGCGUGCGUGUGCGUGCGUCGAGCGUCUGGCAGAGAGACUGCGGGAUCAGCAGAGAGACUAUUUCUCAACUUGCCUCCUCUCCGCGCUCUCCGCUCUGCCCCCGGUGUCGCUGGAGUGUCUCUCCUCCUCUUCCCCGGGACACACGCAGGCAUCUGUGGUGGUGAGAUGUGAAGAGGCUUAAAGUAUGGCAUGCAAAGAUGGUUUCUGCCAAGAAGGAGAUGGUGACAGCGAUGUGUCCUGCUCUCAUUCGGACCCUCCUCUACUUUUUCUGUUUGGCCACUUGUGUAAAGAAAAUCUCUGGUAAGACACGGAAGGAUGAAAGGCUCUAUCCGGCGAAUUUCACUCGCAUUUUAGACCGACUUCUGGACGGAUACGACAACAGGCUGCGACCUGGAUUCGGAGGUCCUGUGACUGAGGUCAAGACCGAUAUUUAUGUGACAAGUUUUGGGCCUGUUUCGGAUGUGGAAAUGGAGUACACAAUGGACGUGUUCUUUCGGCAGACAUGGGUGGACCAGAGGCUGAUGUAUGAAGGCCCCAUUGAGAUUUUAAGGCUGAACAACCUCAUGGUGACGAAGGUGUGGACUCCCGACACGUUCUUCAGGAACGGCAAGAAGUCAGUGGCUCACAACAUGACGGCUCCUAACAAGCUCUUCCGCAUCAUGAAGAAUGGCACCAUCCUCUACACCAUGAGGUUGACUAUCAGUGCUGAGUGUCCCAUGAAGCUGGUGAACUUCCCCAUGGACGGACACGCAUGUCCCCUCAAAUUUGGAAGCUAUGCUUAUCCUAAAACAGAGAUGAUCUAUACUUGGACCAAAGGGCCUGAGCACUCAGUAGAGGUUCCACCCGAGUCCUCCAGCCUCGUUCAGUACGAUCUUAUCGGCCAGACGGUGUCCAGUGAGACCAUUAAGUCCAUCACUGGUGAAUAUGUGGUGAUGACAGUCCACUUCCACUUGAAACGUAAAAUGGGCUACUUCAUGAUUCAGACGUAUAUCCCCUGCAUAAUGACAGUGAUCCUCUCCCAAGUGUCCUUCUGGAUCAAUAAAGAAUCAGUGCCGGCGCGCACAGUCUUUGGCAUUACCACCGUCCUGACCAUGACGACACUCAGCAUCAGUGCCCGCCACUCUCUCCCCAAAGUCUCGUAUGCCACUGCGAUGGACUGGUUCAUUGCUGUCUGCUUUGCCUUCGUCUUCUCUGCCCUAAUUGAGUUUGCUGCUGUAAACUACUUCACCCAAGCGCAGAUCGAGCGGGCCAAAAAGAAGCCGGCCAAAUGUCCCCCUGGUCCCCAAACAACGCCUGUCAAGGUCAAGGACACAGAGGAAGUGCUGCAGCAAAAUUCUGAUACCAACGGUAACCUGAGAAAGCGGAUGAAUUAUAUCUAUCAGCAAGAGCCGAGCAGCCACCAGAGAGCCCAGUCCACCACCAGCAUUUCAGUCGUAGGAAGAGCCAGACCCCUGCGACCUUUAGCCGCUGGAGUCAACGGGAGCUCCUCCACCCUCUCCCGUGUCAGCCCCAAGUCUGAGAGCCUGCUCAGUGUGGCGUCGUCCUCGGCUCAGCUGGUGAAGAGUGCACCUCAGGCCGCUGCCUCUACGCCAGAUGUGAUGGCGGGGACACCAUGCAAGCAGAACACCACCACCACCACCACCUCCUCCUCCUCUUUGCAGCAUCUGCUGGGCCCCAAGCUGGAGCGCAUCCAGAUGAUGGGGAACAAGGUGGAGCUGAAGCAGACGCCAUGCUCCCAACCCACCACUGCUGGUAUGGGUGGCACCAGCAAAAUUGACAAAUAUGCACGGAUCCUCUUCCCGGUCUCCUUUGGGGCAUUUAACAUGGUCUACUGGGUGGUUUACUUAUCAAAGGACACCAUGGUGGCUAAAGGCUAAAGGCUAAAGGACUUUUAUCAGACGGACAGCAAGUAAGGAUUAUGGAAGUUUGCAAACAAUCUGGGAAAUUGUUGUUCCUUACAUUGUGCUGAGUCAGCACGAGCAUAUCCUGGAGAAUAUCCUUCAUUCCUCGAACAGCAAGCUUUGGAGCAAAUCAACCAAAUUAGAAACAUCUGACUCAACAUUUGAAAACCCACCUGCACACUGGAAUAUGCUACUGACCUCUUUAUAUUACGCCGCGCAUACGUGCAACUCUGAAGGUUUUCAUCGUCUUCAACUGCCUCGUGAUCCUCUUUUGGCCUGCAGUCAAGACAAAGCAUGGGGUUUUUUUCAUUUUCCUAUUUUUGUAUCCUGCACCUGGCAAGAUGUUCAGAUGUGUGAGCCACUCUCCUGAAAUGAACUACUCUACACUCUGUAAAUAUAUAUAUAUAUAUAUAUUUAUUAGGUUCAAUGGAUUUAUAUUUAAUGACGACAGUGUACUUCCAUUUCAGUAUUAUAUAACUUGUUGCUUCCCCCCCCCCAGCCAGCUAGAUGACAGUAGAUUUUUUUGAAAUGAUUUGACAAAGGAACUGUAUUGGAGCUGCUCUGGGGACGCUCAGUUUAGACUGAAAAGUUAUAAUUCCUCACUCUUGGCCGGAUGACGUCAAAGUCAAAGGAAGAUGAUUUUGGUCAGAAUUAAAUCCUCAAACAGGCUGAGUGGAGCUUUUAGACCUUGGACCCGAUCAGCCAUGCAAAGCCUCCGUUGUACAGUACUUAUAUAAAAUGGACAAACUAAUCUGGAAAUACUGAAGAUAAAAAUUUAAGGAUUGGUCUGGCAGGAAGUAGUAAAGACAAGUUAUUAUUUCAUGUAACAGUAGUACAGUAUUUAAGCUUCUUUUCUGCUAUAAUGGGUCCCCAAAUAGUAGACAAAGAUUGUGUGUGUGUUUCAAAUAAAGCCAUAGCAUGAACAAACAGACGGAGCAGAGAGAAUAAAGCCAUCAGUCAUUACAUCACUGCACCAAAGAAAAAAAGGGAGAUGGAUGAGGGUUAGGAACAUUAUUGCUUGCACAGAAAAAACAACAACACUGAACUCUUCUAGUUCAGCUCAGCAGGAGACAACAUAGCAGGUGACUGCUGUCAUCCAGAUUCUUCAGCCAUGUCUAACAGAUGUAGGUGAAUGAAUCUGCUUAAGCUGUGCCCAUACACAUUCAUUUUAAACAUUAAUUCAGGCUGAUUUUAAUCUGAAGGUCUGGAAGGACAGCUGAUUUUUAGCUUUCAGGAAAUCCCAUUUAGGUAACAGCAUUUAGUAUUUUACCAGCAAAAAUAAAUAAAUAAACAUCUUAAAGAAAUGGUUCUGUGAUGUGAGGAAUAUUGUGAUCUGCUGAGCGUUAGAUGAGGAGAUCGAUACCCACUCUUUUGUGUGCAGCGGUUGAAAAAUCGGACCAUAGGUGUGAAGUGAAGUGUGAGUGCUUGAUUGUCUCUGUACGUCGGCUCUGUAAUGGACUGUAUCGUCUGGGAAAUGGCUCAUGACAUACAGGCAGUUGCAUUUUUUAGUUUUUCUUUCUUCAUAUGUUGAAUUCAGUUAAAUUGUCAUAUGGAAGGAAAACAAGGAAAGAAAACCCCUACGGUAUAGAAAACUAGUUGACCACAUAGACCCCCACCUGCCACUACCUGAUAACUGAAUCAUGGGUGAUGUGAAGGACAUCACUACCUUUGUGACACAACAUGAUGUCACACAGUUGUCCUCCCUGUUUGUAUCCUGUUAGUGCUCUGGUUUGUGGCUGAUGGAGGUGAAGUAGGGGUUUAUUGUCAUUGAGUUGCCUUUUCUGCACAUGUAAUAUGUGACACCCUGCUAUAAAUACAUGCACAGAAGACACCCUGACAGUUUUCUUUCGUAACAUAUACACAUAACUCUGAAGAACUUGCCUUAGAAAAGAGUCUUAGCCUUUAUAUGCACUCGAGGCAUGGGCCUUGCUUUUCACGUUUUUGAAGCCUCAUUUUACUAAACAAAAGAAGAAUGGUGUAAUUUUUUUGGACCGUGAGGGCCACUGUAGUUCCAUGACAAUCGACAACAAUCUGCCGUCUCACAAACUAAUGCUUGCACACUAGAGCUUUAAUAAAAUGCUAAAUAGAUGGGGAUGUAUUUCCUGAUGGCUUGAAUCUGCUCGUCAUCAUUCACUGCAUGGUCACAGUUUGCAGAAGUGAAAGGUUAAACAAUCGGUGGAUGAGCCCAGCUAUGUGACAUGGGUGUGGUGUGUGUGGGGACUCGUGAUGUAGUAUAGGCGCCUGUUUUCCUGCUCUAAUAGCCACAUCAUCCACACAAUCAUGGCUGCUGGCCACUGUUGAUGGUUGUGUGAAGCUGGUGGUUUGAUGCUGCCACUGUGGUGAGAAACACCCGGGCUGAUGGACAGAUCAACAUGCCCGCCAUCUUUCGCCUCUCCUAAAUGCAGUCAUGUGUGAAAUUGAUUUUGCCAUUUCCUCCCUGUUGGUCCCUUCACGCCAUCCCCUUGUCUCUGUCUCCCACAACAGUGGACAAAAUAUAUCUCAUCACACUGACACAGAACAUCCAUGUACUAAUGAGGACUCUGUCAACAACAGAUGGAUGUUCCGUGUCAGUGUGGUGUGGAUCUGCUGCUCUAAAUGUGUGCAUGAUUUAUGGAGCUGCCAACGGCAGGUUGUGGGUUUUCUGGUCUUUAUUUAUUUUUUUCACCAAAAAUGUUGCUCUGGAUGACAGACAGAUAGUUAACGAUGCUCCACAUGUUCACUGUCAUUCUAAAAUCUGACACGCGGGGGGGGGAUGGGGCUUGUGGAAAGUUCAUAGCCAGCCAAUUAAAGUAUGAAUUAAUCUUCAUACUUUUUGGCUUUUUCAAAUACUUUAAAAGUGUCCUUUAAAAGCAAAAGAGGUUUAAAAAUGAUGCAUUCACUCUAACUUUAGAUCAUUUCUGAAUUAAAUCACAGUGCAAGGCUCCCUCUAGUGUCUAAAGGGACCCCUUUUAUUUUCAACAGAAUCCAAUUUAAGGAUUUACUUUAAAACUUGUGAAAAAUACAAGUACACACAUUUUUGAAACAAGUCUUAUGUAAAAUGUAAAUUAACAAAGAACUGGAAGGUUCCAUAAAAAAUAAAUUUCUGCAAUGGCAUUUGGGUUUUUAUUGGAUGGAGGAAAAAAGCUUAGCUGAAAUAAUAAUAAUUAAUUUUGUGCUGCCUAUCAUCAUAUGGAUGAGUAAAAGGUAAUCUGACUAACAUAAUUUUCCAUCAACAUACUGUAUAUCAUAACAGAGUGACUUUUAAAUGUAUGUAUUUUAAAUAUCAGACUAGUUUUAUUUCACAAAAUCACAACAUACAUUAUCUCAUGUACAUUGAGAUCAUUUAUAAAAUGUAUUUCAUUUACCACAAAGGAUACAAAUUAAACUUAACAGCUUUUACUGUACAUGCAGCUCGCAUCAAUGAUGUUGCAUUACUGCCAUCUUCUGGAAUUGGAAAACUCCUACAUGAACAGUCCACCAUAUUUUCUCCAUCUCCUCAGUCCAAGAAGAAAGUCAUAUAUUCACAUAUGUCCAAUAAAGUAAAUUAGGAACUAAAUAAAAUUACACCACUAUUUGUAGUUGGUCACAACAAAUUGAAGGAGAGGAUUGAGAAUUAAUAUGAUUACUUUUGGGCAAGGCAUGGUUUCUGCAUGGAGUUUGUGGAGGAUAAAGUUGUAGAAGAUGCAUGGAUGAAUGAAUGAAUGAAUGAAUGAAUGAAUGAAUGAAUGAAUGAAUGAUUACUCUUAACGAGUAUAGAUCAAUCGCUGUGUGAGUACUUUUCAUGAUAAGUGUUCUAUCCCAUCUGCACAGAGCUCAUUCAUUUCUGUCAUUCUGACACAGAUUAACCAGCGGAGGGAGUAAAACUCCAUCUGAUGUUUUUUCCUUAAACUAUGGACUGACUCGAUUUUCAGCAGUGUCUCAUUUUCUCGAUUUUAAUGUCAAUAUAUCUGUGUCAUUGGGUCUGAGCAUCAUGUUUGAUUUCCAAAUGUGCAAAAAGCAGAUUUAUUCCUCUAUUUGAUCAGUUUUUGUCUGAUGCUGUAUUCAUUAUAUGUGACACAUUAUCAUUUCUAAUGUUGCGGUAAAUGUUGUAACUCAAGUGAAAGUCUUUUCACUUGAGUUACAACAUUUCUACACACAGAAUGUGAAGCGCCAUACAAGUGUUACUGGUUAUUUUCAGUGAUGUGGAUCAAUAUGUGUGGAGUCAUACCUUCAGUAAUACGACUACUUCUCAGUAGGAUUACCACUUAAAGCAAUACUUAUAUUAGAUAACCCACACAGAAACAGCAAUAUUGUAACUGAACCUUAAACGGCUUCCUAAAAAAAACAAAAAACGCUGCAUUACUCAUGACAAUGCUUUAAGAAUUUAAGGUUAAGUUAAUUAUAAUAACUCAGCACACAAUCAAACACUAGCAAACUCUUUAGUUUUACUCAUUUUAUUUGAUUUUUUUUAGUAAAACACAGAUCUUGGAAUGCACUGCUCAGCAGAUUAUUUCCUGCAGCAUUAGCUGAAAGAAACAGACUUGUGUAUUGUGUUCAUUAAUAUUGCUGCCAGGGUGAAUUUAUCUCAAAGCUGACAACAAAUUAUGGAUUAAACUGUACCUUAAUUCAACUGGAACUGUUUGUCGUUCACUCGAGCUGUUACAGUCAGUAUGAUGAUACAAAUAUUUUUCAUUUCUUAGUCCUCAAUGCACUGUUUUUGAAGAAACACAAUUAAACA